AGGCUAGGUUGCAGUUGCGCUCAAUGGCUCACAUAGGAUCUUUACCACACUUCAGCGGCCACCAGUUUCUGAGACAGCGUCUUGUUCUAUCCAUACUCAGCGGAAAAGCCGUUAGGAUUGACAAAAUCAGAGCAGAUGAUAAGGAUCCGGGUUUAAGAGACUAUGAAGUGAGUCUUUUGCGCCUGCUCGAGAAAGCUACAAAUGGAACAGUCAUAGAGAUAUCUGUAACCGGUACUGCCAUUCUCAUCAAGCCAGGUAUCAUUCUAGGAGGACCAGUUUCACAUGACUGUCCACUGUCGCGAUCAAUAGGCUACUUCUUGGAACCUCUCGUCAUGAUUUCACCCUUUGCGAAGAAGCCUUUUGAGCUCACACUUCGUGGGAUUACAUCUGAUGAGAAUGACCUUUCUGCCGACUUGAUUCGCACAGUGACCUUACCACAUCUUCAAUUGUUUGGCAUAUCGGAUGGUCUCGAGUUACGGAUUAAAAAACGCGGUUCUCCGCCUCAGGGUGGUGGAGAAGUGCAAUUUCUCUGUCCUGUUGUAAAACAAGCGAAAACUUUGAAUUUCGUGGAUCCUGGAAAAAUAAAGAGAAUAAGAGGAAUAGCACAUGCUGUACGUGUUACUCCCCAAUUUUCGAAUCGCAUGAUAGAGGCCUCUCGUUCGGUGCUCAAUCGCUACAUCCCCGAUGUUUACUUGUACUCGGACGUGUAUAAAGGCGAAGAAAGUGGGAAGUCUCCAGGAUACGGUCUGACCCUCACGGCUGAGUCUACGACUUCAGCACUUUAUUGCUCCGAGGCCAUAUCUAAACCUGGCGUGCCUCCAGAGGACAUAGCCAUGACGGCGACGCAUGCUCUUCUGGCUGAAAUACGUCGUGGAGGGUGCAUAGAUAGGAAUCAUCAGUGUUUGGUGCUUUUGAUGAUGAUAUUAGGUAGUGAGGAUGUAGGACGUUGCAGAAUGGGAGAGCCAACCGCACGAACGAUACAGUUCCUACGUGACAUCAAGGACUUUUUUGGGAUAUCUUUCAAGAUCGUUCCAGUAGCUUCGGAAGACGAUUCCUCUACGCAGUUACUUUUCUCAUGUUAUGGAUCUGGCUACGUCAACAUCAAUCGAGGCCUUGCCUAAAUGUCUACCGCGGAUUACCUUCGACAUAUUCACUAUCACUGGGCCUAACAUCAGGCCUUCAGACUCAUCAUUAUCAAAAGAUGCACCAUCUUCUCCACUGGAAAACCCACCAUGGAGCUGCAAAAGUAGAUUACUUUGAAUGUUACAUUUAUUGCUGUCCUGAAAAGCGGCUUAUGCAACACCACAAAUAGAGAGUCAUUUUGG